UCUUCGCCUUCCCGAGCCUCCCUCCUCAAGUCUCAACUAAAAGUCACUACAGAAAACAUUUUCUUUCGUAGCAGAGCGCGUAAUGAAAAUCACAUGGAGAUCGCUCUUCCCCAGUUGUUAUAAGGGCGAGUACCCCUCACCCAAGCCCAAGAAAGUGGCGGCCACAAAGAGUAGUUCUUUUAACCGGAUCUCUGUCACGGAUCUGAGUUUUCCAAGCGCCGGCACGCUUUCAGAGGAUCUUUCCAUUUCUCUAGCAGGUUCUAACCUGUAUGUUUUCUCACUCGCUGAGCUCAAGAUUAUCACCCAGAGCUUCUCCUCGAGUAACUUUCUCGGAGAAGGAGGGUUCGGACCCGUGCAUAAGGGGUUCAUUGAUGACAAGCUCAGGCCUGGUCUCAAGGCUCAGCCGGUAGCUGUUAAGCUCUUGGACUUGGAUGGCUCUCAGGGUCAUAAAGAGUGGUUGACUGAAGUUGUGUUUCUGGGUCAACUAAGGCACCCACACCUUGUGAAGCUGAUUGGAUAUUGCUGUGAAGAAGAACACAGGCUACUUGUAUAUGAGUAUUUACCACGAGGCAGCUUAGAGAAUCAGCUAUUUAGAAGAUACUCGGCUUCAUUGCCAUGGUCAACAAGAAUGAAAAUUGCUGUUGGAGCUGCAAAGGGUGUAGCCUUUCUGCAUGAAGCAAAGAAACCAGUCAUCUAUAGAGAUUUCAAAGCUUCAAACAUCUUGUUAGACGCUGACUAUAAUGCAAAGCUCUCUGAUUUUGGCUUGGCAAAAGAUGGUCCCGAAGGAGAUGACACACAUGUUUCAACUAGAGUUAUGGGCACCCAAGGCUAUGCGGCCCCAGAAUACAUCAUGACAGGACACUUGACAGCUAUGAGUGAUGUGUAUAGCUUUGGAGUUGUCCUUUUAGAGCUGAUAACUGGGAGAAGGUCAGUGGACAAGGGGCGCCCACAAAGAGAGCAGAACCUAGUGGAAUGGGCCAGGCCAGUACUGAAUGAUUCAAGGAAACUUUGCCGUAUAAUGGAUCCAAGACUUGAUGGUCAGUAUUCUGAGAUGGGGGCAAGAAAAGCAGCUGCAUUGGCUUAUCAAUGCCUCAGCCACAGGCCAAGGAAUAGACCUUCAAUGACAACAGUGGUCAAGACUCUUGAGCCUCUAGAGGAUUUUGAUGAGAUUCCAAUUGGACCCUUUGUUUACACGGUUCCAACUGAUAAUAAUGAAGUGCAUAAAGAUGCAAAAGAAAGUGAAACACCUAAGGAGAGGAAGAGGGAGAAUGGUCAUCAUCAUCACCGGAGUCACCCUGGCCAUAAGAAUCCUGAUAAUAAUGAAGUGCAUACAGAUGCUAAAGAAUAUGAAGCACCCAAGGAGAGGAAGAGGGAAAAUAAUGGACACCAUCACAGGAGUCACCAUCGCCACAAUGGCCAUAAGCAUCCACUUAGAUCGCCCAAGUCACCAAACUCACAGUCACAUAAUGAUGAACACCGAAAUGGUAGAAGAAGUGAGUCAAGCUCACCUGACGCCUUCAUUGAAUCACAAAGGCAAGAAAGCAUAGCUUAGCAGACACAUACGUCAUACUACUGUAAAUAGAUAUUUUCUGAAGAAUGCUUAAUUGUUACGUUGUGUGUUACAAAUUACUAAUUGUCGUUGCAUGGAAGCAUGCGUGAGUUUUUUUUUUUUUUCCUUUAUUGUUAUUCUUCAAUUUCCGGAGGAAAUUAAUUAUUUUGAAUUGUGUAUA